AUUCGAUUCAGCGUUUGUGUUUGUUUGUUGACUCUGUUGGUGUGAACAUUAAAACUUACAGCUGAUCACUCGUCAUACUCCUGUGUUUCUUUGACACAAUCCCAGAGAGUCCCACCAUGACAUCUUGCAACAUUUCCUGUCUGCUUCUGCUGAAGAUGUUUAUCACUUUACUUCCAGUUUUUGAGGCAACACAAAUCCAAGUCUUGCCUGAAGUAACUGGAUAUGUGGGCCAUGCUGUCACCCUUCCAUGCCAGUUCAUCAGGACACACCAAGAAGUUAAAGUCACUCUGGUUGAGUGGAGGCUCAAGCAGCAAGAAGAAGAGGACUCCACCAGCAUUGUUUUUUUCUUGAGUGAAGAAAAAGUUUUCGUCAGUGAUACAUUUCUGAAGGACAGAGUAAAUAUUUCGGAACAAUCUCUGAUCAUUAAGGAUGUACAAAUGAGAGAUGCAGGACUGUACACCUGCAUCAUUUCAACAUUUCCUUAUGGGUCACUGGAGGGAACCACCAGACUUGUUGUUCAGGAACCAACUUUGAAGGUACGGGGACAGAUGUUAUUGAUAAAGCUGAUUGCUUUUGGUGUAUUUGUGCUGAUAAUAGUAACCAUGGCAACAACAACCUACUGCACCAUCAUCAAAAUAAGGUCUGUGGCUGGGCUUUAAUACUUUAUGAGCUCCUAUCAUGGCAAAGAGACCAACAGUAUGACAGAUGACAUUGGUAAACUCUUUAAAUCAAUAACUACAUCUAUGUCCUAGGCUAAAGUUUUUCAUU